AUGGGUGAGUCAGACACAGAUGAUUCAGAUAUACAAGAUCUUCAUAUUGUUAAUGAUCCAGUGAAACAUCUUAGAAUUGGGUCAACACCAGAAUUUAAAAAAGAACUGCAAGCAAAAGUAAACGACGUGUUAAUCAAAGGACCUCUUUGCUGGUCCCCAAAUGACAUGGACAUAUUUAAACAUCCCAUGUGUUUGAUUAGCGCUGAAAGUAUAAAAAACGAGAAGGGUGAAGAAACGGAAAUCGCUCUAAAGAUUGAACCUACCGUAUUAAAUGAAAUAAGUAAAAUAGAAUGGCCAAUAGUUGUAGUAGCCAUAGUUGGUUUGUACAGAACCGGGAAAUCGUAUCUGAUGAAUCAGUUAGCCGAAGCAGUCUCAUCUGAAGGAUUUGCAUUGGGAGAUACAAUUGAAUCGCAAACGAAAGGAAUUUGGGCAUGGUGUAAAAUACAUCCAAAAAAGUCUAACACAGUUCUGUUGCUGAUUGAUACAGAGGGAUUAGGUGAUAUUGAUAAGGGCGACUCAGGUCACGACAACAAGAUAUUCACAUUAGCGACACUUUUAUGUAAUUGUCUAGUUUAUAAUAUGAUGGGUGUUUUCAAUAACGACGCAGUUGCCAAGCUUACAUUUGUAACGGAAAUAGCAAAAAAUAUCAAAUACAAAGGAAAAUCAUCGGAAGACAACCAAGAACUUAAUCUAAUUAUGCCAGAUUUUGUUCUUUGUUUGAGGGAUUUCAGAUUAAAACUGAUAAAAAAUGGGAAGAUGAUAUCAGAGAACGAGUAUCUUGAACAAAGUCUAUCUGACAAAUCUGGCAAAUCAGAAAAGUACAACAAACCACGUGAAGUUAUUAAGAAAUACUUCCAGAAUCGUAGGUGUUUCGCAUUUCCAGUACCAGGUGGCGAAGAUGUUAUGGAGAAUCUAGAACGCCUGAGAUUGUGCGAGUUAUCUCCAAAAUUCAAAGAAGUUACAACUCGGUUUGUAUCGUAUAUAUACAGUAUACAACCGAAGAAAUUGCUAACCAGUAAACCAAUUAAUGGACAGAUGUUUACCACUUUAGUAGACUGUUACAUUAAGUCAAUCAACGACGGUGCUGUUCCAGAUGUUGAUGAUGCUUUUACAGUUGUUUCGAAAAACGAAAAUGCUAAAGUUGAAAAUGAGGCUGUAAAAAGAUUUGGAAACCAGAUGGAAAUAAAAAAAUUACCAGUGUCUGAAAAUGUAUUAAAAGAAUUUUACACAGACGCACAAAAGUCAGCUCUAAGAUAUCUUCGAGAAAACGUUAUCCACGAUAAGCAGUCAAGAUUUGAAAAGGAAGCCCAGACAAAAAUGGAGGCAAUCUGGAGAAAAAUUAAGAAUGAAAAUCAAAUAAAAAUCACGGAAACCUGUCAGCAAAAAUUACUUAAAGCCAAGACGCAUUUUGAUGAAAAGAUCAGUGAUAAAGAUUACGAAACAGCAGGCGGAUACCAAAUGUUUCAACGAGAUGUCAAGCAAUUCAAGGAUCAAUAUGAGAAUGAGCUCCAGGAUUUUACAGCACAAGAGAUUUCAUGGACGUGGCAUCACUUUGUGGAAAAUAUGAAGAAAACAGAAGAAAGAAUACUUCAGGCCGAUGAAGGCAUGUCCAAACAAGAAAAAGAGGAUGAACUUCGGCGUAAGGAAGAGGACUAUGCAAGGAUAUUACAGAAACAACAGAAAGAGCAAAAGGAAGAAAUUCAGCAAAAAGCUCAAUAUAUGAAAAGGCAUUACGAAAAUAUUUUGGAAGAUCAGCUGCAACAGCUGAAAAUCGAAAGGGAAAAGUUCGAGGUAUUAGUAAUGGAAAAAUUUGAUAAAGAAAAAGAAGAAGCGAAUAUCAUAUUAGAAAAAUAUAGAACAGAACUGGAAGAAGUGAAGCAAGUGCUCGAUAUGGAACGGUUAAUAAAAGAAAGGGAAGCACUGCAAGUAGAAUGUGAAGACAUGAAAGAAAGGGAACGCGAAAGAAAACGUGCGUGGAUCGGAAAAAGAAUAUGGAGAGCUAUUGUCAACGAAUAACUUACAUAUAUUCUACUUUGUUCGUAUUCAUUAAAUUUUGACAAGACUUCUCAAAAACCUAAGUGUUUUCAGAUGUUUUCAUAGAUAUUGAUGUAACAUUUCUUUAACAACAAUUUAACUUCGUUCUAAAUUCCCUAUUGUUCAAUUGGACGUCCGAGAAUGGAAAUAAAAAUAGUAAUUAUUUAAAUGGAGACCUUUUUUAAAAGGAUAUUUGACGGGUCUGGAUUUUUGUCUGUCAACAUCAGUCGUGAUGUACCAUUUGAUGGAGAUCGGAACCAAUUACUUUAGUGCAAAUUUUACAGACAUUCGUCACCCCGUUUUGUUCAGAAUGAUCUUAUUGCGCAAAACGACCUAACAACGACCUGAAGGGCUAUAAUGGCUAACGGUUUGAUAUGAAUAUAAAAUGGAAGGAAGCGCAUAGGUGUAGCCUACUGGAUAUUAUUGAAAUCCUUAUUGCUUAAUUAAAUUAUCAUUUUCAAUCCAUGCUUCAUUGUUUUAAUGUAUAAAUAAAUUUGAAGACA